AUGGCUGUUUCAACAGUCUACACAAUCCAACCACUGAAUUCUUCAUGUUCAAUCUCCACACAAACAAAAUCCCACCUAGGAUUCAACCAAAAACACCAGAUUCUAUUCUACACCAAGAGGAAUAUUACAACCAUCAGCAGAAGCAGCAACAAUGUUAGUGUGAUAACAACAUGUUCAGCUGAGAAGCCUGUGGUGAUUGGCUUAGCAGCAGAUUCAGGAUGUGGGAAGAGCACAUUCAUGAGGAGAUUAACGAGCGUUUUCGGGGGCGCGGCCGAGCCGCCAAAGGGCGGGAAUCCGGACUCAAACACACUCAUCAGUGACACAACCACUGUGAUUUGUUUAGAUGAUUAUCAUUCUCUGGACAGAAAUGGUAGGAAAGAGAAAGGUGUGACUGCACUUGACCCAAGAGCCAAUGACUUUGAUCUCAUGUAUGAACAAGUUAAAGCCAUUAAAGAUGGCAUCCCAAUUGAGAAGCCAAUCUAUAAUCAUGUCACUGGUCUUCUUGACCCUCCUGAGCUCAUCAAACCUCCCAAGAUCUUUGUUAUUGAAGGAUUACACCCAAUGUAUGAUCAGCGGGUGAGGGACCUGUUGGACUUCAGCAUCUACCUUGAUAUUAGUAACGAGGUCAAAUUUGCAUGGAAAAUCCAGAGAGACAUGGCUGAAAGAGGACACAGUCUUGAGAGUAUUAAGGCCAGUAUUGAAGCCAGAAAGCCUGAUUUUGAUGCUUACAUUGAUCCACAGAAGCAGUAUGCUGAUGCUGUCAUUGAAGUUUUACCAACACAGCUGAUCCCUGAUGAUAAUGAGGGCAAAGUUCUGAGAGUGAGAUUGAUACAGAAAGAAGGUGUGAAGUUCUUCAACCCAGUUUACUUGUUUGAUGAAGGAUCCACUAUCUCCUGGAUUCCAUGUGGGAGGAAAUUGACAUGCUCUUACCCCGGCAUCAAGUUCUCCUACGGUCCUGAUACUUACUACGGCCAAGAGGUAUCUGUGCUGGAGAUGGAUGGUCAAUUUGACAGACUAGAUGAGCUCAUCUAUGUAGAAAGUCAUUUGAGCAACCUUUCAACCAAAUUCUAUGGUGAAGUUACACAGCAAAUGUUGAAGCAUUCUGAUUUCCCAGGAAGCAACAAUGGAACAGGGCUAUUCCAAACCAUUAUUGGUUUGAAGAUCAGAGAUCUGUAUGAGCAAAUUGUUGCUACCAGGGCUGAAUCAUUGCAGACAGCCAAGGCCUAA